ACAAGGAUAAGGCAGCUGCCAUAUUUUAGCUGGCUAUGGUGAUUCAGGUCCAUUCCUCGCGACACUUUCGAACUUCUCGGAGGACUCUGCUCUUCCCCAGAAAGAAGAAAGAAAAAUGACCACAUUCAAGGACACAGUAACAUUCAAGGACGUGGCUGUGGCCUUCACUGAGGAGGAGCUGGGGCUAUUGGACUCUGCCCAGAGGAAGCUGUACCAAGACGUGAUGGUGGAAAACUUCAGGAACUUGCUCUCAGUGGGACAUCAACCUAUGAAACAAGAUGUAUUACAUAUAGAAAGAGAAGAGAAACUUUGGAUCAUGAAGACAACAACCCAAAAAGGGAGAAAUUUGGGAGAGAAGAAUCGAAGCAAGCUGGGGAUUGUUCAAGACAGAGGGUCACAUGAGGAACUUUCUUACUGGCAAAUAUGGCAACAGAUUGCAAGUGACUUAACCAGGUGUCAAGACUCCAUGAUAAAUAGUUCUCAGUUCCAUAAACAAGAUGAUUGUCCCUGCCAAGUUAGGGCAGGACUCUCUAUUCAAAUUUCUGAAGAUAAAAACUAUAUACUGAAUCAUGAAGAGAAUGGUCCUAGUGAUACUGGAAAUCCAGCAUCCCAAACUUCAAGAGCCCAGGAUUCUUGGAGGAAAUCUUACAUGACUGAGUCACAGACUUAUCAGAGCACAUAUCAGCAAAUUUCCCUGAAAAAUAAACUGUUUUGGUAUAGACAGGGUAUUGACAGGAUGAGCUGGAUUUCACAUAACCACAAUGAUCAUGGAGUACACAAAAGUGAAAAAUCUUAUAGCCACAAUAAAUAUGGAAAAGACAGCAUGAAGAUUUCAACAUUUGAUCAGUGUAGUAUGAGUCACACAGGGCAGAAACUUUACCAGUGUAACGAGUGUAAAAAAACCUUCAAUGAUCUCUCCAGCUUUGAUCUUCAUCAACAAUUACAUUUAGGAGAGAAGUCUUAUACAUGUAGCAAGUGUGGGAAAGCCUUCCAUUACAGCUCAGUUCUUUGUAUUAAACAGAGAGUUCACAUGGGAGAGAAACACUAUAAAUGUGAUGAGUGUAGUAAGAAGUUCAGUCAGAGCCCACAUCUGCAAACUCAUCAAAAGGUCAACACAGGAGAGAAACCAUACAAAUGUGAAGAAUGUGGGAAAACCUUCAGUCAUAAAUCAGCACUUAAUGUUCAUUGUAAAGUCCACACAGGAGAGAAACCUUAUAAUUGUGGAGAGUGUGGGAGAGCUUUCAGUCAGGUCUCUCAUCUUCAGGACCAUCAGAGAGUACACACUGGGGAGAAACCAUUCAAAUGUGAUGCAUGUGGUAAGAGCUUCAGUCGGAAUUCACAUCUUCAGUCUCAUCAUAGAGUCCAUACUGGUGAAAAGCCAUACAAAUGUGAGGAAUGUGGGAAGGGCUUCAUUUGUAGUUCUAAUCUUUACAUUCAUCAGAGAGUCCACACAGGUGAAAAACCCUAUAAAUGUGAGGAAUGUGGUAAAGGCUUCAGUCGACCUUCAAGCCUUCAGGCCCAUCAGGGAGUCCAUACUGGAGAAAAGUCUUAUGUAUGUAAUUUAUGUGGUAAGGGCUUCACUCUGAGUUCAAAUCUCCAAGCCCAUCAGAGAGUCCACACUGGAGAGAAACCAUACAAGUGUGAGGUGUGUGGGAAGAGCUUUAGGAGAAAUUCCCAUUAUCAAGUUCAUCUGGUAGUCCACACAGGAGAGAAACCCUAUAAAUGUGAGAUGUGUGGGAAGGGUUUCAGUCAAAGUUCAUAUCUUCAAAUCCAUCAGAAGGCCCACAAUGUAGAGAAACCUUAUAAAUGUGAGGAGUGUGGACAAGGGUUCAAUCAGAGUUCACGUCUUCAAGUUCACCAGCUUAUCCAUACUGGUGAGAAACGGUACAAAUGUGAAGAGUGUGGAAAGGGCUUCAGUCGCAGAGCAGAUCUUAAAAUUCAUUGUAGAAUCCACACAGGAGAGAAACCCUAUAAUUGUGAGGAGUGUGGGAAGGUCUUCAGGCAGGCCUCAAAUCUUUUGGCCCAUCAGAGAAUCCACAGUGGAGAAAAACCAUUCAAAUGUGAAGAGUGCGGGAAGAGCUUUGGUCGGAGUUCUUACCUUCAAGCCCAUCAAAGAGUCCACACUGGAGAAAAGCCAUACAAAUGUGAGGAGUGUGGGAAGGGCUUUAAGUGGAGCUUGAAUCUUGACAUGCAUCAGAGAGUCCAUACAGGAGAGAAGCCAUACAAGUGUGGGGAGUGUGGCAAGUGCUUCAGUCAGGCCUCAAGUCUUCAACUACAUCAGAGUAUCCACACUGGAGAAAAACCAUACAAAUGUGAUGUGUGUGGUAAAGUCUUUAGUCGGUCUUCACAACUGCAUUCUCAUCAGAGAGUUCACACAGGAGAGAAACCUUACAAAUGUGAGAUAUGCAAUAAGAGCUUUAGUUGGAGAUCAAAUCUUACAAUUCAUCACAGAAUCCAUGCUGAUCAUAAAUCCUAUAAAAGUGAUGGAAGUGUUAAGGACAUCAGAGAAUCCGCACAGAAACAGAGCUAUAAAAUGAUUUUUUGAAGAGACUCAGGUGUGGUGUGAAUUCUUCCAAUCAUCAUGUCCCAUAAGAGAAAAUCAUUUGUUUCAUUAAAGUCAGUUUUCAUCCAUAGGUCAACAUAUCCCAGGAGUCAGGAGACCACACACAACAGAGAACCCUUAGUGGUGCAGUCAGUACCUUGACUUUCAUUAGAUAUUCAGAAGAGAGACCUUAGAAAGGAUAAGAGUUUUAUUAGGACUUUGACAAAAGUUUGACACCUAGAGAAGCUAAAAUUAAUGUCCACUAGAAUGUAAACUCCAUAGGGCAGGGACUUUGUUCACUGUUGAAUCUACACAAUCUUAAUAUUGCUUAGUACUUCAUAGAUGCUCAAAACUUGUUAAACUAAUAAAUGGGAAAAAUGUAUAGUAUAUGAAAAUUGUAUUAUUGAGUUAAUCUCCAAAAUCUCAUAUACUUCUGUAUUCAAAAUAGGAAACCUGAAAGUAGCAUUA